CCGCCAGAUAGCGCUGCUAGCAGGGACCGGCUGCGGUCUCGUACAAGCAUGCGCAGUUGCGAGCUGCAACCAGACGGCGUUCCUGAGCCGAGCGGAGCCAUCACCAUGGCCUUGUUUGUGGAGUCGUGGCUCACGGAGCUGUUGGUAGCCCUGUCACUGGUGAUAGUGGCGGCGUACGCCUGGUUCUCCCACAGGUACAGGUACUGGCACAAGAAGGGCGUGCCUUACCUCGAACCACAGUUUCCGUUUGGAAAUGUUUACGAAAGUUUUGUGGGCAAGCGGCCACUGACACUGAUCAUCAGCGACGCGUAUCGGCAGUUUAAAGGUAAACGAUUCGGUGGAAUAUACAUUGUCACCCAACCAACAUUGGUGACAGUGGACCCAGAUUUCAUCCGUGACGUUCUCGUGAAGGACUUUGGGACUUUCCACGACAGGGGGAUAAGAGUGGACGAAAAUGAACCUCUGGGCAAACAUCUCUUCUUGUUGGAAGGCAGCAAGUGGCGGCGAUUACGUGUAAAGCUGACACCGACGUUCACAUCGGGGAAGAUGAAGAUGAUGUUCCAGACGAUGGCGGCGUGCGGCCGUGAGAUGGCAGAAGUGCUGCAGGGGCCGGCGGACACUGGGGAGGUGGUGGAGAUGCGCGAGGUGGCCGCCCGCUACGCCACUGACGUCAUCGCUUCAGUCGCCUUCGGCAUCGAGGUGGACUGUCAGCGCAACCCCGACGACCCCUUCAGACAGUGGGGGCGCCGCGUCUUCGAGGCUAACGCGCUGGCCACAAUCAAUUUCCUUAUAAGCGCCAUCAAUCCCAAACUGCUGACAACAUUUAGGAUAAGAAGCAACGCGUCGGCCGUGUCGCAGUACUUUCGUGGUAUGGUGAGAGACACUGUGAAGCACAGGGAGGAUAACGGCAUAACGAGGAACGACUUCAUGCACCUGCUGAUCCAGCUCAAGAACAAGGGCUGCAUCGACAGUGACAAGAGCGUUAAUCGCAAGGACAACGAUGACGAGGACAACUGGAGACUAUCUAUCGAUGACAUUGCUGCCCAGGCAUUUGUGUUCUUCAUUGCGGGUUUUGAGACAUCGUCAUCCACCGUGAGCUUUGCCUUGCACGAGCUGGCCUUCAACCCAGACAUCCAGUCCCGCGUGCGGGAGGAGAUUGACGCUGUUCUGAAGGAGAACAAAGGAGAAGUCACUUAUGAAGCAGUGAACAAUAUGCACUACCUCGAUAAAGUUGUUGCAGAAACACUGAGGAAAUAUCCACCAGCUCCAGUACUCAGCAGGGAGAGCAAUGCCGAGUACCAGCUACCCGACAGUGACAUUAUCCUUGAGAAAGGUACUAAGGUUUUUAUACCUAUGUAUGGUCUGCAUCAUGACCCAGAGUACUUCCCAGACCCUGAACGCUUUGACCCAGAGAGGUUCUCAGAAGAGCAGAAAGCCCAGAGACACCCAUAUGUCUACCUGCCAUUCGGAGAAGGACCACGCAUUUGCAUAGGGAUGAGGUUUGGGUUACUGCAGACAAAAGUUGCUCUUACAUAUAUGCUUUCAAGAUUCAGCUUUGAACCAAGUGAGAAGUCUGUUCACCACCUGACCUUUGAGCCCAGAUCAUUUGUUCUCAUGCCAAAAGGAGGUAUCCAGCUGAAAAUGAGAAAGAGAAACCAAUUGUAGCGUUAAUUACAAAUGCUUUAACAUUUUGUACUUAUAUAUAU